GUGGCCAACGACUGCGCUUUCUUUGACUCUAUAGUAUGAAUGACGCUCCAGAAACUCGUGUUCACACCGCCUGUAGCUCAGAGGAGGAGGCGUAAACAGAAUCUUAGUAGUCAUAGCUGAAAAGAUAAUGGACAAGUCCAUCAACGAGUGUUUCGGUUGUCACCGUACUGGACAUUGGAUCAAGAACUGCCCACUUGGGAGUGGAGGCGGCGGCGGCGGCGGCGGUGGUGGUGUUGGUGGUGGUGGAGGAGGAGGAGUCGGUGGCGGUGGAGUUGGUGGUGUUGGGGGUAACGGCGGCGGCAGGGGACGCGGCAGAGGCCGGGGACGCGGCAAGGACCACUUCUGCUUCAGGUGCGGGGACCAAGGUCAUAUUGCAAAGGAUUGUGGGCAAUCUGAGGAUGCAUGCUACAACUGCCACAGGAGUGGCCACAUCUCUCGGGACUGCACAGAGCCCAAGAAGGAGAGGGAGCAUCACUGCUACAGCUGUGGCAAGACGGGCCACAUGGCUCGCGAGUGCGACCAUGCCAAUGAGCAGAAGUGCUACUGCUGUGGAGGCUUUGGCCACAUCCAGAAGCUUUGCGAUAAAGUGAAAUGUUACAGGUGUGGUGAAAUUGGUCACGUUGCUAUUCAGUGCAGUAAGUCCAGUGAAGCGAGCUGCUACACCUGUGGAAAGACGGGCCACCUUGCGAAAGAAUGCCCCAGCGAAGCCACCGCAUAAUCAGUGCCCUUGGUUGCCCCUCCGUUUUUUUCAGAUUGAUGGUUGGUUGUAUUAUUUUCUCUGAAUCCUCUUCACUGGCCAAAGGUUUGGUUGACAAGAGGCUAGUCCCAGGCCAGUGAGCCUCUCGACAUAAUACAAUGAAAGGGGUGAAAAAUAUCUUUCUGCAUUCAAUACAAAAAAAGUGUUUUAGUUUGAUAGUGGUGUUGCGUAUAAUGCUUUGUUAAAGAAACCCCCCCUUUCCAAGCCACUGGCGAUCAGAGAUGGAAUCUGAAUGGGACUAAACAUACGGCAUGUAUAGGACCUCUGGCCUUGAGAGCAGUGAGUCUCGGUAGGAUGAGGGACCGUAUGGGGAGUAAAUGGAUACCAUGGGCUCCCUGGUAUGGUCAUUUUGGUUUGUUAAAGUGGGCUAAGAUAAUGAGUUUGCCAAGAGUAAGAAAACCGAGUAGGAAAACCGUUCACAACAUGAUGCAUCUGAGCCCUACAAGCAGCAACGUGGGCGGAACAUAUUCAAACAUGCUAUAUUGCUAAGAUAUAAAAGUUUUGCAGUAACAAAUAUCUUUUAUAUAUAAAUCUGUUAAAAUUUAAAUGUCAAGUGUUAGCCCAAGGUAUGUUUUUCUUUAAAAAUGUUUUGAAUUUUUAGUUUUCCUUUUCUUUUUUUUACCUUGGCUGGAAUUAGCAUCAUUAACAGUUGUCAAGUGUGAAUUAGGAGUCAUUUGGGAAUGGAAAAUGUUUUCUCAGAAAUCAAAUGUUAUUUUUGUACAAUAUCACUUAGACUACUGUAAAAAUACCAUUUGCUUGUACUCUGUUUUUAAGUCGGAAGGAGAAUGCAACUUAAGUCCUAAAAAAAUAAAUAGAAAUGUAAUUUUAAACUAUCAAUAAAGCUGGAGGAGCACGGGGAGAAUCAUG